GUUUGAAGUGAACGACCAUCGACGAAUCGAACAUACGUUUUGAAAAAAAAAACCAUUUCAAAUUGCAACGGCAAAAUAACAACUGUCGAAAAAUUUACUAUUAAAUUAAAAAUCAUUUGUUUGCAAAACUUUUAUAGACUUGUUUCUUAAAUCAUGUAAACAAUUAACAAACUGUGUUCACUCAGAUUCGUAAGAAAAUUAACGUACUAUUAGAAGUUAACGAACAGUGAAAAUGUUACACAAAUGGAAAACUAUUCUUGCUAAUUGGAUCAACUGUUACUCUGAAGAAGAUACUAAACAAAGGUACCCAGUGACUUCAGAAUCUCUUGUGAACAUUAUUUCACAUUUACGAGAGAAUUUCAACUUAGACGAGUCAACUUCGUCUACUUUAGAAGCUCACACAAUCCAGGAAUUUAUAUUGGAGAAAUAUCCAGAAUUCCGUUUUGAAAAUGGGAACCAGGAGCCGACAAAUGAGGAGGAGAUCUAUGUUGCUGCUUCACUCUUACUAUUCUUUGUGUGUGUGAACUCUAAGAACAUAGACAUUAAAAAGGCAAUGUGCAAUGAACUUAGUUCAGCCGAUCAGGAAAUUAUAUUGAAAUUCAGUAAAAGCCUAAUGGAUUGCAAUGAUAUAUCCUCUACAGAUGUUUUGGCGGCUAUUGCAGAGGCUUGCGGGCAGGACGCGGCGGCUGCGGCCGACUACGUCACGGUAGCGGAGACGCCGCCCGCGCUGCGCUCGCUGCACACGGAGGUGCGGCGCCUGCAGGCCGCCCUGGACGCUGAGAGGUUCGACCGCAACUAUCUGCAGGAGGAGCUCGCCAGACACAACUUGAGGAUGGAGAAACUCGUAAAAGACAAGGAGCAGUACAAACAAGAAAUAGUCAUUCUAAAGGCCAAGCUGUCCACUUGUGGACAAGACACUAGUGUCCAAGAUGCUGAGGUGUCCAACAACAAUACAGUCAAACUUGUCAAACAGUUGGAGCAAGCUGAAGAGCGGCUAGUGACUGUGCAGGAGAAGUUGGACGAUGUCCAAUAUGAGAGAGAUACAUAUAAAAACAAGUUAGAUGAACUAAAACGCGAGCGUGACAAAUGGAUAGCAACAAGUCAGGAGGAAACAUCUCGAUUAUGCCAGUUGGCUGAGGAAUUAGAGACGGAGCGAAAAAACGUGCAUUCCUUGAGAGAGCUUGUCACAGAGCUGAGGCAGCACAACCUUCGUAACAGCGUUGAUACUAGCCAACUAGAGUGCGACGAGCUUGAUGCGAGCAUGAGAUCUCUGCAUAAUACUUCUGUAUGUAGCGAAGCGUGUGCCAACGUCAUAGAAGUACAAUUAGGCGAGGAGCGUGCUAAAAUAGUUGUUUUAGAACAACAGAUUAAACUCUUGCAGGAUGAAUUUAAUGACUUCACAAAAAAAUCUGAUGAAGAAAGACAAAGCUUGUCGAAAACAAUUUCUGAGAAAGACACUGACAUUUUCAAUUUGAAACAUCGUAUCAAUGAAGAAAUAGAAGAACGGAAUAAUUUGAAAUUGCGCUAUGAUGACGAAGUUACAAGAUUAAACAAUGAGGUUACUGAGCUUGAGCAAAGAAUAAAAGGGAAUGGAGAAAAUUCUAGAAGAAUCAUUGAUUCAAAGAUGAAAGAAAUUCAAAUUUUACAAGAAGAGAAGUUAUCUCUUCUACAAAGCCUAACGGAUGAAACUACAAAACUCGAAAACAUAAUACAAAAGUUACAAUCAGAUCUUGAUGCUGAAAAAUCAUCAAGACUUAAAAUGAGAGAAGAAUAUGAAAAUAAAGUGAUGAAAUUAAAUGAGAAAGUAUUGAAUAGAAAUAAUGAAUUAGUUGAACUGCAAAAUAAAAUUUGUGAAAAAGGUGAAGCAAUAGAGAAAUUGCAAUUCGAUUUGAGGAAGGAAAAAGAGUUGAGAGGUGAAUUAGUUAACAAAUAUAAUAACGAUGUAACAAAUUUGAAUACGCAAAUUCAUGCGUAUGAGGAUGACUUGAGACGACGAAAUGAUGAAAUUUCCAAUUUAAAAGAACAUAUACAAGAAUGCAACGUUUACAACCAACAGUUGGAAAAAGACAACGAAAAUCUUAGUUCUUGUCUUGCGAAAUGCAACGAUGAUAACAGAGUUUUAGAGGAUUGUAAGGCAAAACUUCUUAUUGACUUACAAAGCAGAGAUUCAAAGAUUGAGAGUAUUUGUAAAGAAAAAGAACGUCUUGAAAACGAGUACACCGAAGAAAGGAAAAUGUUGCAGUACAAUUUAGACGAAACAAAUGCUACAGUAGAAGCUUUGAGAAAUCAACUACAAAACGAAAUUGAAUAUAAAAUAAGUGUCCAGAAUGAAUUGCAUGAUUUAGAACUUAGUAAUAACAAAUUGACAGAGACUAUAAGUAGCUUAAAUGAACAACUAACUUCAUUAAAAAUAAAGUAUAAUGAAUCAGAACAAAAUUUAAUCAGUGAAACGAAAAUUAACGCGGAAUUGAAAACAAUUUGUGAAAAUUUAAAUAAAACAGUUGACAAAUUAAAUAGAGAUAAUUCUGAGAAAGCAACUAAGAUAAAGGUUAUUGAAGAGUCUCUAGAUGAAGCGAAAAUCAAAUUUGAUGAACAGUGUCGUGAGAAAGAUAAAGUUAUUGACUUGUUGAAUAAUAAACUAACAUCUGAAAUUACGAACUUACAAAGUUUAGAAAAAAGCUUCAAUGUUCUUCGUACGGAAAAGGAUAAUUUAUUAAAAGAUACCGGCGAAAAACGUAAUAUCAUCAUUAACUUACGAAAUGAAAUUGAAAAACUAUUUCAAAAAGCUAAAGAAUACGAGAAUACUAUUGAUGAUCUUAAAAACACUAUUGAUGAAAAAACAAAUGCAUGUGAUCAUAUUCAAAACAAGUACGAUAAGGAAACAACUAUACUGAUGACUAAAUUGAACGAAAUGGACAAAUCACUAAUAGACCUGCAAACAGAGUCGAAAACUACAAUCGAGGCCAAAGAAUUACAAAUAGAUACCUUAAAAAUGGAUAUCGAAAAUUUGCAAAUAACUCUAAAACAAGAAUAUGAGAAAUCUUCAGCGAUUGAAAAAGAAAAAUUAUUCCUUCUACAGCAGUUAAAUGAAGCCAAUAUUCACAAAGCUAAAUUUGAAAAAGAGUAUUUGAAUAAAUGUGCUCUAUUCGAUUCCAUAAGCGCUCAACUAAAUGAAGAAAUCUUGAGGAAAAAUAUGGAAAUUAGCGAUUUAAAAAAUCAAUUGGAAAUUUCAGCAAAAUCCAACGAAGACAAAAUUAAAGAAAUAAACACUUUAAAAAGUAACCUCGAUCAAAUGAUACAAAACUCUAAAGAUAUUACACUUAAAAAAGAUACAGAAAUAGAAAAAUUAAUUGAUAAAAUAGAACAUUUAGAAUCUCUGGUUCGCCAAUCCGAAAAAGAAUUGAAAUCAGUUAUAGAGAACAAUGCGCAAGUGGUGGAGGCAUUACAAAGGGAAAAUGUUCAAUUGCACUACACUGUAGAAGAAGAUAAUAGUAACCAUGAACUACUGAUCAAAGAAAAAGACGCAAUGAUAGAAGGUUUAGAAACUCGACUUAAAAACGUUACAGACAAUUUAAAGUUGUUACAGAAAGAGUAUGAAAAAGAUAAAUUCGUAUGGGAGAAGUUGAAAACUGAAAUGCAAGACGAUACAAAUGCGAAAAUAAAUGAGAUUACUCAAUACACUAAUAAAGUCAUAUCUGCUGAAUCAAAGAUACAUAAUUUGGAAGCUGUAGUUCAUGUCUUGAACCAAGAGAAAGCUGAAUUAUCUGCACAAGUAACUUCACUUCGCAAUACUUGUACCGAAGGUGCUCAUACUAAUGACAGCUUAAAAGAAAAUCUUUUAGCUGAAAAAAUUUUAAAGGAUGCUUUAGAAAGUGAAAAACAAAAUUUGACUAAAGAAAAAGAGUAUUUGUUACAAAAAAUUGCAGCAACCGAAUCUGCUUUGAAAAAAGUUACAUUGGAAAAAAACAGUUUGUUGAACGAGAAAGCAAUAUUAGUACAAGAACUUACGGAAGAAAAAUCAAUUAGAAAAAUAGCAGAUGAAGGCAAAGGCGCCCUUCACGCUGAAAAACAACAAAUAUGCAAUCAGUUACGAGAAGUCGAAGAUUUUAAAAACACCUUGUUGGAAGAAAAGGAAUGUCUCACUCAACAACUAGUUGAAGAAAGGCUUGCUAAGGACUUGGCUGAGCAAGAAAAGAAAAAUAUUAUUGAUUUAAAAGAUAAUUUAGAAGAGAAAUUAUCAGCGGAGACGUCGCUUAGAACUGAAUUAGAAAGAAAGAAUGAUAGUUUGGUCAGAGAAAUCAAACGUCUCGGAAAAGAAUGUGCAAUGCUUAAAAAAGAAGAAGAGUUACUUACAAUUGAAAAGGAGAUGCUUACUAAAUCUAACACCGAAUUGAGGACAUCAUCCGAUAAAUUGAUACAAGAAAAGACUGAUUUAUUAGAAAACAUAUCAAAUUUAAACCAAAAGUUUGAUAUCGAAAUUGCUGCUAAGAGAGAGGAAAUAGAAAAUUUGGCAGUCAAUCAUGAACGUUUAAAUGCUGAUUAUAAUGCUCUUAAAGAAGAUAUCGAAAAUAUCAGCACAAUUUUAAAUGACGGAAUAAGCAAAGUUUUUGACAAAAUAAACAGUGAUAACACCUGUAAAGACCUCUUAAUUAAAUACAAUAAUAUUUUAACUUCCGAUGCAAGUGAUACAGAAAAAUGUGACGUUGUUUUCAAGAUUAUUAAUAAUCUAGUUUCCGAAUUAACACUGAAGAAAAAUUUGGAGAAGGCAUUGGAAAAAGAAAGUACGGCCGUCAAAGAAAUAUCAGAGAUGGUCCAGCAAAAGGAGAUACAAGUUACGCAACUUCAGGAUAAAGUGCAGAUUUUGGAGAAAGCUGUUAACGAUUCUAAAGUUGAUUUGAGAAAAGAAACGGAAAAGCACAACACAAUGUUGGAGACAAAAGCAAGGGACAUUCAACAACUGCAGCUAGAAAACCAAACUCUACGCAAUGAAUUAAAUGAUGUCAAAAUACAGUUAGACGUAAAAGUUCACUCGCUCAAGGACAAGUUGAUCGACAAUGAGAAUUUGACCGAUAAACUUAAGAAGACUUACGAAUGUCAAAUUGAUAACUUGAAUAUGAUGAUUACGAAAUUAACGAAUUAUUUGAAAGAGAAAACUGCGGAACUGGAUGCUAUGAGAAAUGAAAAAGAAAGGUUACAACAUGUUAUAAAAGACAAUAAUGCAGCCAUCAAAACCUUAGAGGAGGAUCUAAAAUCUCAAAAACAAAAUCAAGAAAAACUCAUAAACGACUUUGAAUCCGAAAGACUUGUACUGAAAAACAUGGUCACUGUAACAGAGUCAGUCAUGGAAGACCAAAAAGUUACCCUUAACAAAACAAUCGACGAAUAUACAAAAGCAAAUCAGAUUUUAGAAGAAGAAGUAAGCAAUUUAAAACAAACUAUUGAAACUGAAAGGAGAUAUGCCGAAAUUAAGUUACAAGAGAAAGGGAACGCAUUUAAAACUGUUUUCAAAGAACUUACUGAUUUACGUAAAGAAAAAGACCAUCUUGAAAAAGAACUAGUAUCUGAGAAAAACUCGUUUGAACAGAAAGUUGCGAAGCUAAACGAGGAAGUAUCAGAGAAGACAAGUAGAAUAGAAAUUUUGAUGGUUGAAAAUAAUGAGAUUCGCGAGAAAUUGAAUGAACAAAGUGAAGGUAUUAGUUCAUUAGAAGAGCAAAAUAACGAAUGGAAAAUCAAAAGUGACACAAUGGAAGUUGAAUUUGGCGACAAAGUCAAAAAGUUACAAAACGAUUUGGAUAAACAGUGUAAAUGUACACACGAAUUAGAAGUUUUACUCAAAAAUAAAGAGAUAGAAAAUGCUGAAUUACUUGAAAAUAUAAAUAAACUUAAAAUUGAUAUCGCCGAUUUGGAACAAGAGAAGCUGAAAAUUGAAAAUGAGAAAGCGAAUCUAAGUAAAGAAUUACUUGACAAUAUUAACAAAUUUAAAAUUGACAUUACCAGUUUAGAAAAAGAAAAAUUAAAAACUGAAAAUGAAAAAGAAAAUCUAUGUGAAGAAUUAACUGACAAUAUAAAUAAACUUAAAAUUGAAAUCGCCGAUUUGGGAAAAGAAAAGCAGAGAGUUGAAAAUGAAAAUGUAAAUCUUUAUAAAGAAAUCGAAGAAUUAAAUGCAAACUUGAAAAAACUUGAAGAACAAAACGAUAUGUUAUUGAAACAAUCUAGCAACCAAAUCUCAGAACUAAAUAAAGCAAACGAAGACAUGAAGACAAGGAUUACGGAGUUGGAAAAUCGUUGCCAAUUAGAAGUACAAAAGCUUGAAGAGCAAGCCAAAGAAAAAGUGAAUUUAACCAACAAAUGUUCUAUUCUUGAAGAAUUUCAGUCGAAGGCCGAAGCAGAAUUAGAAUCGCGUCAAAAAGAAAUAAACACUCUUCGAGAUGAAGUAAAGGCCUUAAAAACUAUAAUAGAACAACAAACGAGUGAAAAAGACAGAGUAAUUGAAAAGCUUAAGCAAGAAAAGGACGGAACUAUAAAGGAUCUAUAUAAUGAAUUAAUAUCAGAAAAGGAAUCUUUGGCAGUUGCGGUGAAACAAGUCGAAGUUAAAGAAUCUGAAAUUCAUGAGUUAAGGAAAAAGUUGGACGAAAUGCAACAGAAUGGAGAAGCUAUUAACAUUUUGAAAAAUGAAAACGAAAAAUUAAUUAACGUUAUUGGACAAAGAGAGACGUUUGCCGUUGCCAGUCACGAAAAUUCGAGUCCACAAUACCACAGACAAGAGCACCACAACCUGCAGCAUCAGGUAGAUACCACUUCCACAGACUAUUCCUCAAUGGAGAGCUAUAAGACCAUAUCUGACCUCGAAAAAAUCAUACAGGACAAAAACCGGACGAUAACCACCCUUCAAAGCGAUAUCACAUACCUGAAAUCUCUCGUGGCCGAGUCUGAAAACAAAUACCUCGACGUAGCCAAGGAUUUAGAAAUGAGCAAGGAGAACUGCCAACAGUUGUCAACUCAACUCAAAAAAAUCGUCCAUCUCAAGAAUGAAGAAAUCGCAGACCUCAAAAAGCAAGUCACCAAAAUGAGCGCGACCGAAAACCGCGCGACGCAAAUAAUCAAAGUCUCCGCCAAGUAUCAGGCCAUCAUAUUAAAGAGGAUAGCAGAAAUCAAGUCCAAUACAGUGUUGAAGGAACUGACGAACUUCGGAAACACGAAUUGUGACAGCGACCUACGGAAAAGCUUAACUGCAGGAUCAAUCACUAUGGAGGAUCUAGAAAACUUCCUCGAGACAACCGAGAGACACAUACGACGCUGCUCCGAAAAACAAAUCGCAUUACAGAAAGAGAGGGAUAGAUUAAUCGAAGUGAACAGGAUCAACGAAUCCGAAAUAAUUAAUACUAGGAAGUUCCUUACCGAGCUUUCAGUUAGCAUAAAGACGUUUAAUUCUGUUAAAGAAUUGUAUAUACAAAAGUUGAGUCGAGUUGUGUCCAUACAGAGAACAGUCAGGCGGGAGAUUUUGAGUCUAGACGGGCGUAUAACAGAUGCAGCUAUGGGGAAGUUAGAAAGGGGGUACUCUGCAGUAAUGCAGGAUUUGUUAGAAUGUACAAUGAAUUUUGAAAGGUGGGUGGAACGCUGCGUGUCUAUGACGAUAUCUUCGGAGAAGGUCAAGCAAGCGUUCACAAUGGAGACCGAACGCGCUUCCCUUUCUUCUGGAAGUUUCCAGAACACGGGGCUAGAAAUUCAGUUGGGCGAGUUACAGAAUUCGUUCCAGAAGAUUCUGGAAGAAGUCGCGCGCGCCCUAAAAGGAGAAGGAGCUAAAGACACCCAAUCCGUUACUGUGAUGGAGGUUCGUGCGGAAUACGAAGACAAACUUAACAGGAUGAAGGCGAAAAUGAAACAACUGUACCAGGAGCAAAUACAAAAAUUCAAAGACAAAGAGAAUGAAGAGAUGAAAAGGUUGGAGGAAGAGUUGAAAAGGACUCGGAACAAAUUGCGAGAGUGCGAGGAACAUAUUAAGGCACUAACCACUGAGCUGUGGAGGGUUGGAGAGAAGUACCUCAUGCAAAAAGGCGAGGCUGAUUGGCUGAAAAAGAAGCAACGAUCUGGUUCGCUCAUGUCACUACAACAUGUGCAUUCGUCGGGCCUCGUCGCUCCGGCGGAGGAGCGCGGGCGACCCUCCGACACGCACUCCCUCCGUUCUCUGCCCGUCAACACUAAUAAUAACGCGAAGGGCGGUCGUGGCUUGCACAUGUCCGACGAAGAAGGCGAGGUGUUUGACAACCGCUGGCUCCAAGAAUUGUCCGCCACGCCGCGCCGCGAGACCGAGGCGCCGCCCGGACAUCGCAUCUCGGAGCUUCAGUACCGCAACUCACUGUGUCCGCCGCACCUCAAGAGCUCCUACCCCGCUGAGACGCAGUUCGCGCCCGCCAUACACGAGGAAGACAUCAAGUGUACCGGCGGCCCGAGCAUGUCGCUGGGCGGGAAGCAGAGGAAAGAGGUUGGCAUCACAGCUUACAAGAAGCCUGGACCGCCCACUCCGAGCAAGCAAGCGGGAAGACUGUCUGCUACAGAUUCCGAAUUGCGCGAGUCUUUACGCAUCGAGGCCGACCCGUCCGCAUCGCGCAAGACUAGCACUCCCUCCCGGCUCCGCUCGCUCUUCCGAUCCAACAAAAACGAUACUGUUGAAGGUACCCCGCGCAGUCGAAGACUAAGCAAUAUGUUUAGAAAGAAGUAAUGUUGCCCCACCGCCUAUAAUGAUAAAUUAUUAUUACUAUUGCAUUUAUUAUUUGGUUCUUUCAUAAAUUUUAUAACUUAAUUUAUUUUUUAGAACUAGUUAUAUAAAAAUAGAGAUAGGUACUCAUCUGCUAAAUAAAGAACUUGAAUCUUAAA